CCCAUCGCAGCCCGGCGGCGCGGCGAGCGGAGGGGAGCGCAGGGCAGCGGCGCGGCGAGCUGCCGGGGGAGCGGCGAUGGCCGAUUACUGGAAAUCUCAGCCUAAAAAAUUCUGCGAUUACUGCAAGUGCUGGAUAGCAGACAACAGACCUAGCAUUGAUUUUCAUGAAAGAGGAAAGAAUCAUAAAGAAAAUGUGGCAAAGAGAAUUAGUGAGAUUAAGAAGAAAAGCUUGGAAAAGGCAAAAGAAGAAGAAAACAUGUCAAAAGAAUUUGCAGCAAUGGAGGAGGCUGCAAUGAAAGCAUAUCAAGAGGACAUGAAAAGGCUUGGAAUUAAGCCAGAUGAUGUAGGUUCCAGUUCAACACAGAGUAAAACACAGAGUAACACAGUGGAAACUAAAGCAAAGAAAGAAAAGAAAGAGAAGAAGGAAAAGAAAGAAAAGAAAAAAAAGACACCUCAGGAUGCCUCAAAAACUGAAACGAAGGAGUGGGUGCAAGGAUUAUCUCCCGAAGGCUAUACAUAUUACUACAACACAAAAACUGGAGAAUCACAGUGGGAGAAACCGAAAGGAUUCCAAGGCAACCCUCAAAACUCACAAACGGGAGCAGAGUGGGUGGAAGGUGUCACUGAAGAUGGUCAUACCUAUUACUAUAACACACAAACUGGAGUAUCGACAUGGGAGAAACCGGCUGGCUUUGUUUCAUCUUCAAAUGAGAAGGGUCAGAGUGACAAGCCUGCAGAAACAGCAUCUGAAUCAGACUCAGAAGACAGUGAGAAUGAAGAAGAGAGUUCAGAAACAAACUUCAAGAGGAAAGGAGAUAAUGGUGAGGAAUCAGAGGAAGGGAAAAAAUCUCCCAAAGCUAAAAAGUUAAGCCCUUAUGGGAAAUGGCGAGAAGUUAAGUCAGAAGAAACCACGGAUAAAGAGGAGACUACAUCAGCUUCCCAAGAAACCUCUAGUGAUGGAUCUAACAUGACCAACCCUUAUGGAAAAUGGAAAGCACUUAAAGAAGUAGGGGAAGAACAAGAAGAAGAAGCAGGUGAAAAAGUGGACCUGGAGCUUCCAAGUACAGAGAGUGACAAUGUAGCAGCCCCAGUGCUAGAGGAUCCAGAAGAGGAAACAGUCAUAUUUAAAGAGAAGACAGUCACCUCCCUCGGAGACCUGACAGAAGGGGUGCCCAUGUUUAAGAAGAGGAAAUUUGAAAAUGGAAAAUCUAGAAACUUAAGACAAAGACUAAGUGAUCAGUAAUACUUAACAAAUCAUUUUAGAUUCUGUUUGAGCUAGAGUGAAUCAAAAGUAUAAUAUUUUCAACAGGCUUUUAUAAAGAAAGUGUUGGAUAGAAGUUAAGAAUUUAUAGGUAAUAAAGUAUAUGUGAGCUUAAUAUUUUUUUAUUUUAUUUUGAUGUGAUUGAUUUUGGAAUGGAAGUUUGUGUGAAAUUACUUAUGCAAUAUUGUACAUACAUGUAUUCUUUAUUAUAACCAUGCCAUCCAAGUUCUAUUUGCUCUGUGUAUGCUGUUUUAAAUACAUUUCAUAAGGGUUUUUUACUCCUUUUCUAAGUAUGUGAGAAUGCAGUAAUCCUUAAUCUGACAAAAAUGAAGCAGACCUUCUAUUUUCAUAGAGGAACUGGAUCAACAGAAUAUACUAGAGAGUAAAAUCAUCCCCCAAGAUUGUUUAUGUGGUGUAGUUUCUCACUAACAAGUAAAAUAUUGUGCUUACUAACCUUUGUCUGAUCGCUUGCAAAAGAGUGGGUGGUGAGACUGCCAGCAUUUCAAACUGAUCAUUUAGAAGCUGUUUUUAGAAGAGUUAGUCACAUCAGUGCCACCCAUUCCAAAUGAUGUUCUGAAAACUUAUUUGUGUAUGUGCAUGGUAAAUGUAUUAAACCUCUGCAGAAGAUUUAACUCUGAUCAAUCCUAACUUGUAGUCACAGCACCAGAGCCACCCCUGUUGGAGUAGACAUUUCUGUGAUAUCUUCCUGUCUCCUGCUUUGUUGUCUACUUGAAUUUUUCCUUUCUUUUACUUAUCAAGUUUUCUUUUUUAGUCUUGCUUUCUUUUUGUCUAUUUCCUAGCAAAAAACCACUUGCCUGAUAUUUUAAUGAAAAAGUACUUUAGAGACUUGGCCCUGCUACAGCAUACAGGACCAUUUUUGAGGUGGUUGUGUUUUUUCUCUUGGUAAGAAGUGUGUGUUUCAUGGUUGCAGUGUUGGAUAAGCUGAGGGCCUAAGUGUGUUGAAGCUUCAUCAUUCUCGUUACCACAGGGGAGGAAACCAAAAGAUCAGCAGAGCUGAUGGCUGUAGAGUCCAAGAUGACUUGGACAUUUCCUUAAGGAUUGUCCCACUUGGUGGGAUUGGUCUGCAUUAUCAUCACCAGGAUUCAUUGUCUGUGUCAGAAUAUAGCUGCACUCAUUGCUUCUCUAGCCAUCAAACAGUGAACCAGAAAGGUCCAAAUAAUGAAUCUGUUAAAAACUAUGUCUCUAAUCUUAAAGCUCACAGUGUUUUGUUCAGGAGAGUCUCAGUAAAAAAAAAAAGGAAUGCAGCUAAGGCAGUUGUCAAGAGUCCAGCAACAUAGAGUUAGUAACUGCUGAGCUUGAAUGUCUUUGAGAAAACAACUAUUAAUCUGUUGGAUCAACUGAGAAAGGAGUGCAGGAUAGGGAAUCUGGUUUAUUCUGUAUUACAGUGGAAGUUGAAGUUCUUUUUUCUAUUCUUAGAAGAGAAUUAGUUAUUGUAUUUAAUCCCAUGUGUUUUCUUGGCUUCCUCAGGGUUGAUGAAUUUGGCUGAUGUUUGUUCUGAUAAAUUGGAAAGUUUACUGUAAUGUCUGACCCUGCAUUAUUAUUUAGAGAUGCAGGACACAUGCAGGAUGCUUCAAAUUCUGAGAUGCAGGAAUGUAUGACAUGUACUCCCAGAAGAGGGUUUCUUAAUCAGAUAUUUUAGGGUUUGUUCUUGCUUGCGCAUUACUCUGGGAGCCUCCUCUAACUUGAAGUUUUCUUGUGUUUGUGGCCA